AGAAAUUCAUAAGAAAUUUUCUUUUAAAAUCUUAGGUUUGAAAAUGUAAUACAAGAUUCUUCUUAAGUAGUUAAAUCUGUAGUUAAAAAAUCACAGUUAUUUUUUAUAGUUAUUUUAAGAUCAAAUUUGGACGAAAUUACAUAUAUUAAAUAACCAAGAUUUUUAGUUUUUUAACAAAAUAAAUAUCCUAGGCUGACAAAUCGUCUCUACUCAGAGUCGUUUUUCGUAUACAAUGAAUAUCAUUGAAUUCAAAUGUAAUACAGUAUCCAGCUGUACAGCAGAACGACACCCACUUAUCCUCUUUUUUUUUGUUUAAUUUAGUAAAAAGAUUAUUUAUAUUUUAAUUUAAGUUAAAGAUUUAAAAGAAAAAAGAUGGAGAAAUGUCCGUGACUAUUAUAUGAAGUGGAACAAAGAGGAGAAUUCGACCCCAUCUGGUUCGGGUGCAUCAAAAAAGAAAAAGUACCAUUAUGCUGAUAUUUUAUCAUUUUUAAAACCAGUUGCUGAAAAAAGAAGUACAACUGGAAAUUUUGAAGAUAACCUCGACGAAAGUGUUCAAGUCGAACAAACUUUUGAAGAAAUUAGCCCGACUAGUGAAACUGAGCAGAAUGCAAUAGCCUCUACAUCCACUUCUCAAGUACACACAAAAAAAUUUAAAAAAACUGUAAAAGAAACCCCGAUUACUCCGUUCCAAAAUAAAUUAUUAACUUAUUUAGAGGAAAGAGAGUGCAAUGAUCCUGAUAAACAUUUUUUAUUGUCUUUAUUACCAGACUACAAAAACCUUAAUGAUUCCCAAAAAUUAGACUUUCGUAUUAAUGCCCUUAACUUUUUUAAAAAUGCAAAUCAAACCCAUAAUAUUAGUUCAUCUUCUUCGACGUAUCAACCGGCAAAUGUAUAUCAGAAUAAUAACUCAUAUCAGGAUUCCUCAUCUUUUUAUUUACCUCCGCAUAGACAACCUGAAAUCAACAAUCCAUAUUAUCCCAACGUUGUACCUCCAUAUCCUCAACCUGUAGUGUAUUCACCUACACCUCAACCUCAAUUCUCACAGUACCAACAAAAAAUUACAUCAAAUGCCUCAAAUGCCACAUUUUCACUAACCAAUAUAUCUUCAAAUUUCGCUCCUAAUACUUCCUCAAAUAAAUAAAUUAAAAAUAUGGUUUAUACAUUUCAGUUUUUUUAUUUUACUCUAAUAAAUAUAUUGUAUACUCCCAGGGUUUUAUUUUUUUUAUAUUAUUACAAAUAAAGGUAAAAUAAUUUGUUACAAUUAAAUUAUAUUGUUUUUAGUUUUCUCAAAUAAAUCACUACUUCUAUUUAUUUGCUGAUUGCUUAUAAAUUACCUAUUAUUAAUAUAUUCAAUAUGUAUAAUAUCAAAUAUGAGGUAAAUAUUAUUAUCUAUGGUAAUUAAAAAAUAAAUAAUUUCUUACCUUAUAGUAAUUGUAAGUCUUUGCUCAACGCAUAUUGGAUUCCUCAUAUUGGUAUGCUGCUUUGUUAAAUGAGGACGAAUUGUUUCCAACAACUCAUCAAAAGAAGUUAGCGACAUUCGGUAAUAUUCAAAAAACUU